CCAAGACUCUGGUGAGCACUUGAUGUCAUCUCCAUGCAGCAGCAGAAUGAAUUUACUUGCCAACACACAGGAUGUGGUGCAAGCUUUGCGCGGCAAGAUAACCUAAGCCGCCAUCUGGAGAGCCAUCUGGCCGAUAGACCUUACAAAUGUACCCUCUGCUUAGCGGCCUUCAGUAGGAAGGAUACUCUGAUAAGACACAGCUCCGUCCAUGGAGAGAAGGCCUAUGAACUCAAAGAGCACCUGGCAAAGCAAUCAACUCGAAGCUCACAAGCCUGCCAGGCAUGUUCAAAAGCUAAACAACGAUGUCAAGGCUCUUUUCCUUGCGAAAGGUGUCAGCAGAAGCAAAUUCCUUGUUGCUUCAACCGUAAUGGGAAAAGGAGUUUUGCAAAUUACGCGUAUGAUCUUAACCACAGCGAACAAUCUACAUCGUCGGAUUCUGGAUCUCUGGAGACCAAUGAGGCGAACAUACCUCCAGAACCGGCUUUGUUUGGAGCUAUCUCUGAGACUCUGCCUACUUUAGGAGCAUUCAAUAAUAUUGAGUUGCCUCCAGCUGAUUCGCUUUUGUCCACGGCCUUUGGUGCAGCUCCUGAACAAGGAACAAAUGGGUUCAAUCAUGUUGUGGACCCUAACUUUCACUACCAAUGGGAUCCGGCUUUAGACUUGACAGAGUCUCCGCUCUUCUGGACGAGUCACGGAGACGUCUUCGACAAUAGUUCAUGGAGUGGUACUGGACUAGCACCCACAACAAACGUACAGCGAACAGGUCUCAGUCUUGACUGUGGUAAUGUGCAAUCGACACAGAUCUAUGACGUGGUUCAUUUCCCAACCCUAUUGCCAGAAGACCAUGACAUUCUUCUAAGUGAGAAUGUGCGCCAUGUUCGGCGCAUUAGUUACAGCGCUUAUGAGGCAAUCGAACGGUUCUCUCACAGUCAACAGGAGCAGCAGCAAUCACUGUUUCCGCCCAUUCAAGCUCUUCACACUUUUUGCGACCUCUACUUUGAACACAUUGAUCCUCUUUUUCCAUUCGUCCAUCCGAGCUUUAUCGAGAAAGAUGAGGCAUACUGGAUCUUGCUUCUUGCAGUGGCUAGCAUAGGCGCAACUUGUUCAGCUAUAUCGGUUGCUGAAGAAUAUACUUCUAGCUUGCAAGAAUUGCUAGAGCGAGCCAUCCAAGAAAAUGUACCUCAACAUCCCGAGGAUACGACACUCGAGUUCUUGCAGGCUCUACUUCUACGAGAGAUCAAUCGAACAUUCAGCAAUAGUAAAAUCGGACCAACGAAGCUCAGAUACGAAAGAAACCUUAUGUUCACUCUACAAGCAGCAUUGUCAUCCAAACGGAGACGUCUGGAUAGAACUCGGAAAGCGCAACCGGGAAGCUGGUAUACCUCAUUGGAUGCUCAAGCUCAUGUUCGACUCGACUGUUGUAUACACCGCUUGGAAUGUUUACAGCUCUAUCUUAUCGGCCAUGCAUCAAUCUCGCAGCACGGCGAGAUCCCUCAGCGACCCUUGUCAGAUCAUCUCUGGAAGUGUCGAAGUCCAGAUGAAUGGUCAUCCAUACGUCAGACGUACCAAGACACCUCUGUUGGUUGCACGUUUGCAACGACUACGCAGGUGAUGCUGUCUAUAGCCGAUGAACGGUCGAUCAGAUCCAAAAUGGCAUCAUCCAUGGUGUCAGCUUCACGGCUGAGUUUCAGCUUUGGUUCUCACAUAGGGGAUGCAGAGGAUGUUGAUGCUUUACCAAGCCCAGUCUCCCAGAAUGAGACAGGCACCGCAUUCGGCCCUUCUCUCCUCACUUCUAAACUGGAUAGUCUCCUCUCGCCCACUGGUCGUCUUCUUUUUGAGCCUACCGUGACUGAAUCCAGCAAAGCAAUCUUGCAUGUGAUGGCUAUCUUGAGAAGCGUCCGCCUGCGAAGUCUGCACCACUACCAUGGAUGGCAAGCCGAUGAGCACGAGAUCAAAGAAGCCGAGGAUAGUAUCAGGACCUGGAUGCAACAGGAUAAGGCGGUUCUGAGAACGUGUAUCUGGCACGCUGCAUCCACCUUUAGGAUUCUCCGGAGCAAGGAUCGACUGAUCCUAUACGGGCCUUUUCUUCUUCUGAUAUCUGUCUUGGUCAUUCGAGCAUAUUGUAUGCUUGCAUCUGCCACAAGUCAACAAGACAGCCCCGACGAAGAGCGAACUCCAGAAAGAAUCGAUCAGCUCACCGAAAAGAUCGCGAUUCGAGAAUGGAUAGCUGGGGACAACUGUUCAAUGCAUCUUACUGGUGUGGGCAUAUUGUUAGGACCAAGAAGCAGCCUUCGAUUGUUGACGGUGCUUCGCGACAUGCUGCUGGCACAUGAGAAGUAUUCGCCAAUCUGCAAGGCUCUUGCAUUCAGUGUUGAGCGGGCUAUGGCGGGGAAGCGACCUGUUUUCCGCGAGGAUGCAGAAUAGGCAGUCACCAUCUACUUUCUGCAUGCAUCACACUUCCGAUUCAUAGACUCA